UUUUUUUNUUUUUUUUUUUUUUUUUUGUACAACUGAAAGGACUAAACUAAAAUGCAUGUAAACUAGAAUCUUGAAAACUUUAUAAAAAAGCCUUUAUUUUCCUUUGUUUUUGAAAUCAAGGUCCUUUUUAAAAAAAAAAAAGACUUUCGAAAAAAACAAAAUUGCCAUCACUUUAACGUAUCAUAAUGGUUAAAUUAUUUGCAAGACCUUUACCCAUUGAUCCUGUCACCCAAAAGGCGGAUGGUAUUAAUCUUCUCAAUUUUGGGAGACCUUAUAUGAGAGCAUUUCAUCUUUCAUGGUUCUCCUUUCUUACCGCUUUUACUGGCUGGUUUGCAAUUGCACCUUUAAUCCCUACUAUCAAGGAAGAUCUCAAAUUAACGACAAGUGAGGUCAAUAGUAGUAAUUUAACCUCAAUCGCAUCUACAAUCAUUUUUCGUACACUUAUUGGACCAUUAUGUGACCGUUUCGGACCUAGACGAACGAUGGCAACUUUACUUACGAUUAGUGCUAUUCCAGUUGGCCUUAGUGGAUUAGUAACAAAUGCUAACGGUUUUAUAACGUUAAGAUUUUUUAUUGGAAUUAUUGGAGCCACUUUUGUACCAUGUCAAUUUUGGACCACACAAAUGUUUAGCAGUUCUGUGGUUGGAUGUGCUAACGCUUUAGUAGGAGGAUGGGGAAAUAUGGGAGCAGGAGUAACUUAUGUUUUAAUGCCUUUAAUAUUUGAAGGACUUAAAAGUUCCGGAUUAAGUGACCAUGCAUCUUGGAGAGUUGCAAUGGUUAUUCCAGCAGGAAUUUGUUUCGUUAUGGGAUUGUCAUGUUUAUUAUUUUCCGAUGAUUGUCCUCAAGGAGAUUGGUCUAAACGUAAACAACAACAAAUUGAAGAAAUACAUUAUGCAGAAAAUGAAAAGACUGUUGAAGUACAUGAUGCAAACAAAGCUACCAAAACCAAAACCACUAAAGAUGAUGAUAAUGAUAGUAUAAUUUCCGAAAAGAGUCCAAAGGUUCAUACUCCAUCAAGACCAACCAUUGGAAUGUUUUUCAAAGCACUUAAAAAUCCAAAUGUUAUAAUUUUAAUGUUUAUGUAUGCUUGUUCUUUUGGAAUUGAACUUGCUGUAGAUAAUGUUAUUGGAUAUUUCUUUCAUGAUCAUUUUGCACUUUCACAAACGAAAGCUGGUAUGAUAGGAGCAUUAUUUGGUUUAAUGAAUAUCUUCUCUCGUGCUACUGGCGGUUUCUUAUCAGAUUACGCUUACCAAAAACGUGGUAUUAGAGGUCGAUUAUUCGUUCAUUUUUUAAUAAUUUUCUUAAAUGGAAUAUUUUUGGUUGCUUUCCGAUUUUCCUUAAACAAUUUAAAAGAUGCCGUAAUUAUUUUAGUAAUCUUCAGUUUUUUCACUCAGGAAUAUUUACUGGUGUAUUUAAAGUUUAUGCCAAUAAUACUCCAAUCGCAUUCAUGGUUUGUGGAAUAGCAGUUAUGGUAGUUGCAUUUAUGACAUUUUUAAUUAGAUUAAAAUAAAUAAACCGACAAUUAAAAAUGAACAAGAAAUAUGAGACCAAAAAAAAAAAUGAGACAAAAAUAGAUUUCAUUUUUAUUAUUUUUUUUUCUUUUCUAUUAUUAUAGGACAAUAAGUUAAAUAUUUGUAAAUUAUUUUUAUUUUUUUCAAAAACACUUUCAAUUUUUCUUUCUAUGCAUUAUAAUAUCUUUCUCACGAGUCACGACUAAAAAAAA